AAUGGGUAAAUCCAUUUGACCUUUUCUGAUAAGAACAAAACAUAAGUUUGAGUGGGAUGUAAAUUUCCCUAUGCUUAUGGUAUAAAAUGGACUGAGUCGUUGAUAGUUUAGCUUUUUCCUUUGCUUUGCUUCCCUUUGCCUUUCUGCUUCUCCUCUUCUAUCUCUCAUUUCAUUCUUCAAGUGUCUUCAUUUUGUUCCUUCUUUCUGUAUAUUCUGAUCUUCAUCUAUUAGAUACAAUACUCUGUAUUUUACAAUACUCUAAAUUUUAUUAUUAAUUAUUAAUUACUUAAUUAAUUUGUUUGUCUCUAUAAUUUUUAAUUAAUAAAUUUGUUAUUCCUCAUUCAAAUUUAAUCUGACAUAAUCAUUGCUGGACUGCCUGGAUCUCAUUAUCUCAAGUUUUUGCAUCAACUUCUUUCAGAAGGCCUUUAUUAACCCCCAUGGAGCCGUGUGGAUUGUUUUUAUGAGUCGUCAAUUUUGGAUUUCAAAAUCACGGUUACUAUUCACUCCAAUUAUAAAGCUUGGAAGAGCCAGAAUAUUAUUUUAAUAUAUUGUAACACUGAUUGCGUUCAUCUGAAAGAAGAUGUACACCUAGGAUGGCUUGAGGAUGUGGUGUAAUUUCUACUCUUGCAGCCAGUGCCACGGCCACUUUCUCAUGUGGCGGGAUGGAGGGACGUUACAUGGUUGUUCAUAUUCCUGGAGUUGAGGAGUUUCUUACUCUUUGUGAAGUUGGAGUUUACGGGUAUUUGGCAGGAAAUCGGGCAGUAGGAGCCGCUGCUUCACAGUCGUCAACAUCUUCUGGGAGCUGGUCUGCAGAAAAGGCCAUUGACAGUAAUCGAGGUCUCCAGCAGUUGAGUACAUCAUGUUCAUCAACCCUUAAUGAGACUAACCCAUGGUGGAGGCUGGAUCUGCGUGAUGUGUACAGAGUUAGAGAAGUGGUCGUCACUAACAGAAAACACUGCUGUGCAGAACAAAUAAACGGAGCGGAGAUUCACAUCGGAAACUCUUUGGAAAACAACGGCACCAACAAUCCCAUAUGUGCUGUUAUUCCUGCUAUUCCAGCAGGAGAGUCCUACAACUACACAUGUAAUGAGAUGGAGGGACGUUAUGUGAAUGUUUAUAUUCCUGGUGAUCAAAAGGUUCUUUCUCUUUGUGAGGUUGGAGUCUAUGGGUAUUUGGCAGAAAAUCUAGCAGUAGAUGGAUCUGCUACACAGUCGUCAACAUCUGGGGACUGGUUUGCUGAAAAGGCAGUUGAUCGAGGUCUCCAGCAGUUGUACACGGGAUGCUCGUCAACUCUUUAUGAGACUAACCCAUGGUGGAGGCUGGAUCUGCAUCAUAUUUACAGAAUUAGCAAAGUGGUCGUCACUAACAGAAAAGACUGCUGUGCAGAACAAAUAAACAGCGCUGAGAUUCGCAUCGGAAACUCUUUGGAGAACAAUGGCACCAACAAUCCCAUAUGUGCUGUUAUUCCUGAUAUUCCAGCAGGCAAGUCCUCCAGCUACUCAUGUAAUGGGAUGGAGGGACGUUAUGUGAAUCUGAUCAUUCCUGGAAACAUGAAGUUACUCACUCUUUGUGAGAUGAAGGUCUUUGGAGAAGGUCCUGAUUUAAAAAGAUCAUUUGUAAAGAUGCAGUUUAACUCCAGCAAUGAUUUGACCAACCCUUCAAUGAGAGAAAACAUUCUGAAACAGUUGGGAUCUGCUCUGGCUGAUAGAGGAUACACAGAUGUGACACUGAGAUGGUCUCAAGCUCCUAAAAAGGUGAUCCAGAAAGUGAACACUGAUAAACGUCGUUGUGGUAAAGAAAAUUAAUACUCUGGAAAUCAGCCAUGAGGAACAUGAUAAUUCAGGAACAUGAUAAUUCACUGAAUUCUCAUUAAUUAAAGACAAACUCACAUUAUGAAAUAAAUGUAUUUCUCUA